UCUUCUUAUCACUUAUCAUUUACAGUGUCAACAAGCCAUGUAAACAAUUUAUUUGACCACCUCGAAAAUGUACUGCUGCAGAUUUGUCUUUGUCUUGUCUCUGAUAAAUAGUUUCGCUAUAACUAACACAGAUGCAAUACGGAAAUAUACGAGGCAGGACCUGCUCAAGCUGAGGGAAGAGGUGAGGGAUAUGUUCAACCAUGCUUACUCCGGCUACUUAAAGUAUGCGUUCCCUUACGAUGAGCUGAGGCCGUUGACAUGUGACGGUGUUGACACUUGGGGAAGUUACUCUUUGACUUUGAUUGAUGCCUUGGAUACCCUGGUAGUAAUGGGCAAUUAUUCAGAGUUCAGGAGGGUCGUCGAUAUUGUGAUUUCAAAAGCAAAUUUUGAUGCCAAUAUUAAUGUAUCUGUUUUUGAAACUAACAUCCGCAUUGUUGGCGGAUUGCUAAGUGCGCAUCUUUUCUCCCAAAGGGCAGGUGUGAAAGUUGAACCGGGUUGGCCUUGCAAUGGGCCUCUUUUAAGGCUAGCUGAAGACGUUGCCAGGAGGCUGUUGCCAGCUUUCAAUACCAAAACAGGAAUGCCGUAUGGAACUGUGAACUUACGUCAUGGUGUACCAACAGGAGAAACAUCCGUGACUUGUACUGCAGGGGUCGGGACAUUCAUUGUUGAAUUUGGAACCAUUUCACGAUUAACGGGAGAUCCUGUUUAUGAAGAGGUUGCUUUAAAUGCGUUGAAAGUCCUUUAUGAACAUAGAUCUUCAAUCGGCCUAUAUGGAAAUCAUAUCGAUGUUAAUAGUGGAAAGUGGAUAGCAAGGGAUUCUGGAAUUGGCGCAGGUGUUGAUUCGUACUUUGAGUACUUAGUAAAAGGAUCAAUUUUGCUUCAAAGACCAGAACUGAUGGCUAUGUUCAACGAAGCAAGGAAGCCGAUAGACAAAUAUCUCAAAAAGAACAAUUGGUACGUCUGGGCUUCAAUGAGCAAAGGCCAGGUGACUUUACCUGUUUUCCAGUCCCUUGAAGCUUACUGGCCAGGUGUUUUAACUCUAAUAGGCGAUGUAGAAAGUGCCCUUCGCUCUAUGCAUAAUUACAAUAGCGUUUGGAAGCAAUACGGGUUCACCCCUGAGUUCUACAAUAUCGCGCAAGGGCAAGCUGGGACCAACAGGGAAAGCUACCCGCUGAGGCCUGAGCUCGCUGAAUCUGCCAUGUAUUUGUACAGAGCGACAGGAGAUCCUUUCAUGCUUGACAUAGGAUUAAAUAUACUUAGAAGUAUUCAGCAUAGCGCAAAAACUGAGUGCGGAUAUGCAACUAUCAAAGACACGAGGGAUCACACCCAAGAAAACAGAAUGGAGUCAUUUUUUCUAGCGGAGACCACAAAAUAUUUGUAUUUAUUGUUCGAUCCAGACAAUUUCAUACAUAACAAAGGUCAGCAUGGUAUCGUCCAUGUUCUCCCUUCAGGCAAGCAGUGUGUCUUAGACUCCGGCGGAUACAUUUUUAAUACCGAAGCUCAUCCAGUAGAUCCUGGCGCAUUAAGUUGUUGCUAUGACUGGAGUCAGAUAAGUAUUUCAAACGACAGGUUCACUUUUAAAGGUGAAAGUCUCAAGAAUAAGCAAAAGGAUAAGAAAUCAAAAGAGAAAGUUGCAGAAAAACCAAUUGAAUCUAAUAUAAUUCAAGGCACAGCGGAAGUCUGGCCAAUUGAAGACUUAAGCCUCGAAGAAACGCCAAAUGUUUUAAACCAACCUCAAAAACUUGACAAGCCGGAGAAAGGAGAUUUGAAUGGAAAGCAAACAGAGGGGUCCUUAGAUACAAAAGAUAAUCUCAACAAGUUACUAAGCAUGAUUAAAACGAACCACGACAAGAUCCUCGCAGCUUUGCAGAAGCUUUCCACGUCAAAAGAGGAAAACAAAGACUUUGAAGACGUUUCUGAUCAGGACGAGAAAAACGUUGACAAUAUAAAAGAUGCCAUUUUGAAUAAAGAACACCAACCUGUAUUUCACCAAGACAGCGAUGGUAUGACGACGGAAAAUACAUCGCAAAACCCACUUGUAGCGCCAGAAUGGGCUAAUGGAAACUUGUCGGAAGCCAGGGAAUCGGGUGAACAAGAGCACGUAGAUAAAAAGUCCGACCUGAUGACUCUUCCCGAAUACGUCAAACAACUUGUCGCUUCGCCUUCGCACAAGCCGAAAUUCGAUCCACAGCAGCUCCUUGAGAUAAUAAGGGCUAACAAGAGGAAAAUGGACAGUUGGGAGUCACAGUAUGACCUCUUAAGCUGCAAAGCACAACCGUUUCUAAUAAGACUCACAAUCGCUGGGGAAUUCCUCGACGAAAAGUAAUUCACCCUUGAGAAAUUAUACUCUUUAAGAAACGUUUCGAUACUGGAUCAAUUGGAAUCACAUUUGCACAUAAUGAAACAGACUAUUUGACAAGUUUUAAACUGACUGAUAUUUUAAGGCUGUAAUUUAAUUUUUUUUUCUUUAUUG